AUGAUUGGCUGUUUACAGUUUAAGUGCUGCCCUUCUUCUUUGCUUAAUUAUUGCAAGUCCAUUUCUGUUCAAUACAUUUCUCAUAGAGGUAUUACUGUGAUUUAUAGAAAUAUGGAAGUUACUUAUCCCACAAAACAUAAUAGAGGAUAAUGUGACUUCAGGACGCUUCUCGUUUACUAUUUAGACUUAUUCAUAACCAUACAUUCGCACUUCAAUAGUAAACUGAGGAAGCAAAAACAAGUAAAGGAAAGAAAAAUGGAUUUCCGGGAUAAACUUACACCGCAGUUCUAAAUAUAGAUUUACAUCCUCACAUAUGUUCUUAGUUACACUUUCCUUAACUUCGAAUUACAAUUUUCUUGUGUUUUCGUUGGAAUCUGAAGUUCUCCGUAUUCAA